AAUCGAGGUUGCACAAUUUAGAACUACACCCCCAUGUCCUCAGACCAGCGAGUCAGUCGAAAGUGAAUGUAAACAUGGUGACUGAGAGGUGAACUCCACGGCAACAUGGUCUUCGAAAGCGUGGUCGUUGAUGUCCUGAAUAGGUUUCUAGGGGACUACGUUGUAAACCUCGAUAGCUCACAGCUCAAGCUCGGCAUAUGGGGAGGUAAUGCUGUGCUGAGAAAUCUUGAGAUAAAGGAGAAUGCCUUGAGUCAACUGGACAUUCCUUUCAAAGUCAGAGCAGGGCAUAUAGGACGGUUGGAGCUUAAGAUUCCUUGGAAGAACCUGUACACCCAAUCAGUGGAGGCGACACUGGACGGAGUCUACCUGCUCAUCGUGCCCACAGCCAGUAUCAAGUACGAUGCGGAGAAGGAGGACAAGCAGUUGCAGGAGGUGCGUCAGAGGGAGCUGCAGAGAAUUGAGGACACCAAGCAGAAGGCUGCUGAGCAAGAGAACCCCACCAUGGAAAAGCAGGACACCUUUGUGGAGAAGCUGGUCACCCAGGUGAUCAAGAACCUGCAGGUGAAGAUCUCCAACAUCCACAUUCGCUACGAGGAUGACGUCACCAACCCUUGCUGUCCUCUGUCUUUCGGGGUAUCCCUUCAAAACCUCAGCCUGCAGACGUGUGACGCUAACUGGAAGCCUUGUCUCCUGGAUGAGAAAGCCAAGCUCUUCUUCAAGCUCGUUCAGUUGGACAACCUGUUUGCCUACUGGAAUGUCAAUUCCACCCUCUACUCCAACCACAGCCCAGAUCAGGCCCUGCUAUGUCUCCAGAACAGCAUCACCGCUCAGUGUUCCCUUCCCGGUAACCAUGACUUCAUUUUUCGUCCAAUCACAGCGAACGCCAAGCUGCGUAUGAACCCGCGGUCAGAUGUGGACUUCUCCUCGCCCAAGGUGGACCUGGUGGUCAAACUGAAGGAGGUGGCCAUCGAGCUUAACAGACCCCAGUACAUCAGCAUUCUGGAGCUGCUGGGCUCUGUGGACAUGAUGUCACGCAACCUUCCAUACAGGAAGUACCGUCCAAGAGUCCACGUUCACACCAACGCCUACCAAUGGUGGCACUACGUGAUAACGGGCAUCAUGGAGGUCGAUGUGAAGCCCCGGCUGCACAUGUGGUCAUGGAAACACAUCAAGCGUCACCGGGUGACGGUGAAACGUUACCGGGAACGCUACAAGGAGAAGAUCACCAGCAAGAAGCCCCCAGACACCCUGCUCAAGGAACUGGAGGAACACGAGAAGAUGCUGGAUAUCUUCAACAUCACUCUGGCCAGACAGCAGGCUGAGAUGGAGGCCAGCAAGGCAGGCCUCCGUAUCUACCGCCCGGGGCUGAAGAUGGAGGAGGAGGAGUCUCAGGGCUGGUUCGGCUGGGCGUGGGGCUGGGGAGGCCAGGACGCCACCCAGGCCCGGGAGGUCAAGACUGGAGGGUUUGAUGGGCUGAUGACACCUGCUGAGAAGUCCAAACUCUACACUGCCAUUGGAUACAGCGAGACGGCUGUCAAUCCCAACGUGCCAAAGAAUUUUGAGGACAUGAAGGUGGACUUCCACAUGGAGAAGCUGUCAGUGUGCAUCAAGGACAGCAAGGACAAGGAUGAGAUCAUCAAGCUGACUGUGGAGGAGCUGAAGUCCCUGCUGACCCAGAGACCUGGGGCUCAGGCCAUCAAGCUGGUUGCCAGGCUGAGUCUGUUUGAGGUGACCGGGCUGUCCAGUAACCGGGUGGCGCCCACGCUGCUGUCGUCGAGGAAGGCUGCCACGGUAACGGGCACUCCCCUGCUGAGCAUCCUGUUUGAGACCAACCCCCUGGACGCCAGCGCCGACCAGAGGCUGAAGGUGGAGUCCCAGCCCCUGGAGAUCAUCUACGACGCUAUAACAGUGAACGGCAUGUCGGCCUUCUUCAUGCCCCCUGACGACUUGCAGCUGGACGAACUGACCAAUGCCACGCUGAUGAAGCUGGAGCAGUUCAGAGACAGGACCGCCACAGGACUGCUGUACGUCAUCGAGACGCAGAAGGUUCUGGACUUGAACGUCAACCUGAUGGCGUCAUAUGUGAUCAUCCCUCAGUCAGGCUUCUACAGCGGCACCCAGAACGUCAUCCUGCUGGACCUGGGACACUUCAAGGUGACCAGUCAGAGCAGGAAGGGACUGCCCCAGCUGUCGGUGGGCAGCAGCACCAUCGAUGAGUUCAUGUCCCGUGCAUAUGACAGCUUCGACGUGCAGCUAAGCAGCCUACAGCUGCUGUACAGCAAGCCUGACGGGGACUGGAAGAAUGCCCGUAAGCUGAAGAAGUCGUCUCUUCACAUCCUGGAGCCUGUGGACCUGAAGGUGGUGUUCAGCAGGGCCAUGGUGGUGUCUGACCCUCGCAUGCCCAAGUUUAAGGUGUCUGGGGAGCUGCCUCUGCUGUCGGUGCGUAUCUCAGAUGAUAAGGUGCGCGGCGUGUUGGCUCUGAUAGACAGCAUCCCCCUGCCUGAGAGCAGACCAGUCCCUCGCGGCUCCGCAUCACACUCCACACCCAAGGCACCCAAGUCCUACACGCCUCAGCUAACCCCCAGGAAACCAGCUAUAGCUGACCUGAGAUCCUCGAUCAUCUUCGACUCAGGUUCGGAGGAAGAUCUGUUCUAUGAUGCUCCCAGCUCUCCUAUAGGAGACCACCCCUUCUUCCCAGACAUGCCCAGUCCACUCCAGCGCUCAGUGUCCGUCAAGAGGAGGGGCCUGGUGAAGAAGGAUCCUCAGAAGAACAUGACGGAGCUCCUUGUCAGGUUUGAGAUCAACGAGGUGUCGGUGCAGCUGUGUCGUCUGAGCGGAGGUGUGGAGGUGUCUGUGCUGCAGCUGGACAUUGAGGGGCUGGGCACAGAGUUCAGCCUGCGCACCUUCGACAUGACCUCCUACACCUUCCUCCGGGAGAUCUGCCUCAAGAGCCCUGAGCACAUGGAUUCUGAAGAGAAGAUGGUUCAUCUCAUCACCACUCUAGACAACACUGAGGAUGACCUGCUCACUCUGGAAUACACCAAGGCUGAUAAAAAUGGUCCAGAAUUCAAGUCCAACUACAACAACACAGAACAACUGAUCAAGGUGAACUUCUCGUCACUGGACGUGCACCUGCACACAGAGGCGCUCCUCAACGCCAUGAACUUCCUGAACAGCCUCCUCCCCCCCUCCGCCGAGAAGGGGGCGGGGCCGGAGGACCUGCCCACUAUCCCGGAGGAGGACGAG